UGACCUCUGGCUCUAACCACUUUGAUCAGCUUUGGUCUAUUUCAAAGAGAUGGGGUUGUUAUCGCUUUUUCGUGCUGGUGUGUUUACAGAAGCAUUGCUGGGUGCUGGGUGUUUUUCCAAAAAGGUCAGUUGAGCUUUGAGGCGAAAACAAUUUUUUCGCUUUGAUGAGCAAUGAAUUUGAGAACGAGAAAACAGUGUGAAGAAAAUAGUUGAUAGCAUUUUACCAAGAGAAUGACAGAAAGCAAGUUAAUAGAGGUCGAAGCAGUUGAUGCUAAGAACCAGGAGCCUUCUUCUUUGCACCACAAGCGUAAAAUAUAUCGCCAGGAGCAGGAAAAGAAACGUAAAGUGCUCAAGAAAGUGAACUUCGAGAGAAAUCUUGCAGAAAUAGAUAUCAACGAUGGAGAGAUAGACCUUCCUCGAAAGAAAUUUUACAGACAGAGAGCCCAUUCCAAUCCCUUUUCAGACCACCAGCUAGAGUACCCUGUGUCUCCCUCACACAUGGACUGGUCUAAAUUGUACCCACAUUACUAUGAUUCUACCAACAAUAAAAUGACCAGAGAAGUGACAAUUGCUGAUAUAGGCUGUGGUUUCGGUGGUUUGAUGAUCCAAUUAUCUUCAGAAUUCAAUUCCAAGCUAAUCUUGGGGAUGGAGAUCAGACUACAAGUCACAGAAUAUGUCGAGGACCGUAUAUUAGCUUUGAGAACCAAACACCUCAACGAGCCUAUAAAUAAUUACCAAAAUAUUUCUGUAUUAAGAGGAAACGCAAUGAAGUUUUUGCCAAAUUUUUUCAAAAAGAGCCAAUUAGAGAAAAUAUUUUUCUGUUUCCCUGAUCCUCAUUUUAAGCAAAGAAAACACAAAGCGAGAAUUAUUUCUUCUACAUUAUUAAGUGAGUACGCUUAUUGCUUGAAAGAAAAUGAUGGUAUAGUGUAUACAAUUACCGAUGUUUUAGAUUUACAUAACUGGAUGGUCAAACAUCUCGAUGAGCAUCCAUUAUUUCAAAGAUUGUCAAAGGAUUGGGAAGAUAGCGACAGAUGCGUUCAAAUAAUGAUCAAUUCAACUGAAGAAGGUAAAAAAGUCGAAAGAAAUAAAGGUGACAAGUACGUAGCCUGCUAUAGAAGAAUUCCAAACCCAUGUUAGUUUAUAUUAUUUAUCUAUUUAUUUUCGGAUUGAAUGUCUUUAUAUACCUUGAUUAAUGUAUCGCAAUUUUGUGUAGUCAAUUGGAACGCUUCUUUAUAUAACUGUAUCAUUUCACGCAAUACUUGUUCUUUUGUCUUAGUACCAGAACAGAUAUUUUUCAAU